CUCUCUCUCGCUCUCUCUCUCGCUCUCUCUCUCUCUCUCUGUGCAGAAGGCAUCAAUCUUCUGGAUCAACUAUGGCAGGUGGCCAACAGCAAUAAUGCCUCUGUAGUGUUGGAAAAUCAGAGAUGUCCAGUUCUGCAUGUAGGACAGUACUCCACUCUCUCCCUACCCUUAGGCCAAGUGUUUGGCCACAGAUUUAACGAUGAGUUCAGCCUGCUGCUCCAGCUACGCAGUUCUCAGCAUGAAGACCGUAGCCUCUUUACGCUCAUCUGCCCAGACGGUCACAUCCUCCUUCAGAUCCGCAUCAGCGCCCAGUCCUUCACCUUUAUUAGCACACAGCAGCGCCAUUACGAGUUUCCUGUGGCUGUGUUGUCUGAUGGGAAUUGGCAUCGGGUGGCAGUGAGUGUGUCGACAGGCCGGUUAGCACUUUAUGUGGACUGCGCCAUGGUGGAAAGUGUUGACUGGGCCUACAAGGAGGGUCUGGGAAUCACCACUGAUGGGCUUAUCAUAGUGGGAGGAAUCAUUGAGGGCUUUGAAAUACCAUUUGAGGGCGAUCUGAAACAGGUGGCAUUCCUGAUGGGGGAUCCUGAUGCAGCCAGAGAUCAGUGUGACGUGUAUUUAUCACGAUGUGAUGGAGCUGCUCAGAAACCCCAACACUUCCUACCCACUCAAGUUCCAGAAGAGCUUUUGCUGUCCUCAAACAACUUGGAGGAUUUACUGGAGAGUUCUGACCAAGAGGACAAGGACAUGAGCCUCAUGGCAAUGAGUGGUGUGAGAAGUCAUGGCCUCACCCGUGGAGAUGGCACACUCCCUACAGGCUCAAAGCGACCCGGCUCCAUUAGCCGCGGAGACGUCUUUGAGGUGGAUGAGUACACUGACCUGAUCGAUCCCAACACCCUGUCUAAAAAUGGUGGCUUACCCCAUAAGAUCCACCCACCCUUUGCUAAAGGCAGCAAGGAGGCCAAGCCAGACUCUACAUCUAAACUUCUAGAUGAGAACAUCACCACUGAGAAAAGCAGUCCUGACAAAGUGUUUCCUAAAAAGCCUGUGGAUAACACCAUUAUUGAUCUGGAUGUUCCUCCCAUUUUGAAAAAACCUCCUGCUGGAGAAAACUCAAGCCACGAGGACCCCGACUCCAACCUGCUGAAGGAAGGAGAGGAGAGAGGGACAUCAACCCAUGUUCCACCUAGCUCGUCCACUGACAGAACAAAUGAAACUCGCAAGAUUGUCCCAAAUGUGGUUCUCACAAGUAGGACGGGGGGCCUGGUGCGAGGCUCAGAUGGGAAGAUGUAUCACUUUCAUCGAGGGCCUCCAGGGCCGAUGGGGCCACCUGGGGAACCUGUGAGUACUACUUAUUUCAUCUUCUGUUCUAUGGUAGCUAACAGAAUUGAUGCCAAACUUCUGUAUCAAUCACAAUUCACAACACUGGUAAAAAUUGUCUAGGG